AUGGGAUUGUUUAAGAGACUCGCGGGCUUGCUAGGGUUUGCUCGAGACGAAGAACAGCAUCAACACGACGAUGCAGCUGCGGACGCCGCCGGCCCGUCAUCGUCGUCGCCGCCGGGGGCGGCUCCUGCAGGGGCAUUCGCUUCAGCUCAGCAUCUUCCCCGCAGGGGCUUCAGUGUCCCCGUUCAAGUCCCCGUUGAGCGAUCCCCGCCUCCUCCGCUCCUCGUGUUCUGCCCCGCCGGGGACGGUGGAAUUCAGGGUUUGAGAUGGUAUGCAAAACGCCUUAGGAUAGAUGAAGAUGGUGAUAUUGCUGAUGAGUUUCUUGAUGAGGUCCCGCCCGAUACAUCGGCGAGCAUGAAAGAGCAUGAUAACCAGUUGCCAAGAUUCGAAGUGAACUACAGCACAAGACCUGCUAAAGUUAAAAACUUGGCUCUUUUACCUAAUGGUAAAAUUCAACACCUCGUCGAGUACCAGGGCAGGCUGGAAUGGGUUUAA